AGUAUGGUCAAUAGGACAUCAAUGUCAACAAAGUAUUUGACCAGUCAGAUAAAACUUUGUAAAUAUUCAAAUUCCACAUGCAUUCUUCUGAUUUAACUCUCAACAUUCAGAUUGAGAUUCAUAAAAAAUAUUCGGAGAUCAAAUUCAUUCAUCAGGCCUUAACAGAUUUAAAGAUGUCGAGCGUAACUGAAAAACAUAGAAAAUUUGUUAAUACAGCGAUGGAAAUGUCCAACAUUUGUAAUGUUCCAGGCAUUGGAUAUGCUUCUGCUGAAAAGCUAGGAAAUAAUGGAUAUUUCUUGGCCUGUCAGCUUUUUAUGAGGUAUUUACAAUUAGAAGGUAGUCAAUUUACAGGUUGGCUACAAGGAAUAACAGGAAAUAAGAAGGAUGCAGAUCAGGCAUAUAUUGCUCUGGAAGAGUGGCAUAAACAGUUUGGUUCCCAUAAGGGAAAAGUUGAAAAUGUUGACCAGACACAAUAGACUUAAAUAGAUUUGAUUCAACCUGAAGACUUAAUACUUGGACAAUUUUUGGAGCAUUUUGGAUUUUUUAAGCAGUGAUUUCAUGGCACCAACAUGACCAAUAGAACCAUAAACAAUUUGAUGUGAUUGCAUAAAACGGACUGAAUUUACCCGAACUUUUGG